UUCUUUUUCCAGUUGGAUUUUUAGCUAACUGCCCCAGUCUCCUCUAUGCAAAGAGCUGCAGACUAGAUCUGUUUCUUGCACUCUUAAAUCCAGAAGAAUGAAAUCUGACCAAGUCCUCUCUCUGGGAUCUAUUUUACUCCCCCUGAUGCUUUAUCAGCAGGCUUGGGCUCAAUUUCCACGAGAAUGUGCCAAUGUUGAGGCUCUGAGAAGUGGGGUGUGUUGCCCAGACCUCUCUCCUUCCGCUGGGCCUGGAACUGACCCCUGUGGUUCAUCAUCAGGGAGGGGCAGGUGUGAGGCUGUGACUGCAGACUCCCGACCCCACAGCCCUCAUUACCCCCACGACGGCAGAGAUGACCGGGAGGGCUGGCCUCUGAAAUUCUUCAACAGAACGUGCCGGUGCAACGGCAAUUUCUCAGGACACAACUGUGGGACAUGCCGUCCCGGCUGGAGAGGAGCUACGUGCAACCAGAAGUUUCUCACAGUCAGGAGAAAUCUUCUCGACUUGAGUACAGAAGAAAAGAAUCACUUCAUCAGGGCCCUGGACAUGGCAAAGCGAACAACUCACCCUCAAUUUGUCAUUGCCACGAGGAGGUCAGAAGACAUACUGGGAACAGAUGGCAGUACACCACAGUUCCAGAACAUUUCCAUUUAUAACUACUUUGUUUGGACACAUUAUUAUUCAGUCAAAAAAACUUUCCUUGGGUUCGGGCAGGAGAGCUUUGGGGAUGUGGAUUUCUCUCAUGAGGGGCCGGCUUUUCUCACGUGGCACAGGUACCACCUACUGCAGCUGGAGAGAGACAUGCAGGAAAUGCUGCAGGAGCCUUCUUUCUCCCUUCCGUACUGGAAUUUUGCAACUGGGAAAAACAUCUGCGAUGUCUGCACGGAUGAUCUGAUGGGAUCUCGAAGCAACUUUGAUCCAACUCUUAUAAGCCCCAACUCUGUUUUUUCUCAAUGGAGAGUGGUCUGCGAAUCCUUGGAAGACUAUGAUACCCUGGGAACCCUUUGUAACAGCACCGAGGGUGGGCCCAUCAGGAGAAAUCCAGCUGGAAAUGUGGACAGACCAAUGGUGCAGCGUCUUCCUGCAGCACAGGAUGUCACUCAGUGCUUAGAGGUGGGUGUGUUUGACACACCUCCUUUUUAUUCCAAUUCUUCAAACAGUUUUCGAAACACGGUAGAAGGUUACAGUGACCCCACAGGGAAAUACAACCCUGCAGUUCGAAGCCUUCACAAUUUGGCCCACCUCUUCCUGAAUGGAACAGGAGGACAAACCCAUCUGUCUCCCAAUGAUCCUAUCUUUGUCCUCCUGCACACCUUCACUGAUGCGGUCUUUGAUGAAUGGCUCAGGAGACACAAUGCUGAUAUAUCUACCUUCCCAUUGGAAAAUGCUCCCAUUGGACAUAAUAGACAAUAUAAUAUGGUACCAUUCUGGCCUCCAGUUACCAACACGGAAAUGUUUGUUACUGCUCCAGACAACCUGGGAUAUGCUUAUGACGUUCAAUGGCCAGGUCAGGAAUUUGCCAUAUCUGAGAUCAUUUCCAUUGCAGUGAUUGCUGCGCUGUUGCUUGUAGCACUCAUUUUUGUGGGUGCUUCUUGUCUGAUCCGUUCCAGAAACAUCAAGGACGAAACCAAUCAGCCCCUCCUCACUGAUCACUAUCAACGCUAUGCGGAGGAAUAUGAGGAACUCCCAAAUCCUAAUCAGUCCAUGGUCUGAACACAGCACCCGCCUUAGUACCAUCAAUGCAGUU